CCGUCAUAUGCACCGUGAAUGCCGCGCUAAGUUCUCAAACUGCAUGCGACCGGACGUAGAUGCGCCAUGGAUAGCACAAGCAUCAUCCCCUCAAGUUUCCGGAGCAUUCGAGUUAGCAAUCCAAUUCAGUGCCCUCUGACGUUGUGAAGGCUCCUGAUGGCCAAAGAAUCAAAGGGAUCCAAGGGUUCGUGCGCAUUCGUGCGCCAAUGUAUUCCAUUCAGAUCCCCCACUCCAAAAAUGAGUCAAAGUGUUCCUUCAUAGCAGAUAUAGAUAUAGAUAUAGCACCUUCUUAGGAUGAAACAGGCGUCAACGAGACUAUAUUUUGCUGGGAUUUCUUGCGCACUUGGAACAGUCCUGCUUUGUCGGGCCAUGGACUCUGGACACAUGACGACAUGUGUAGCUGAGUCAGGUGACAUGAUUGGAGAAGAUGGGGCAGUUCUUUUAAUACUUCUCCAACAUUGUUUUGUCCAAAACCAGCUACUCAGAACUGAGCUUCGAAAGAACAUGUUUGGUCACCGGUUUGCUUUUUUAGUGUUGCUUCAACUCAAUCACGGCAUGGGCUUGCCUUGCAAGGCGCACAAUCUUGUUGCAUUUCCUUUCAUAAGAAUGUAUGCCACAAACAGCUUGAGAAAAUCUUCGAUUUCAAUAAGAGGUUCGUGGAUUCCUUGCAAGAAGCAAGGCACAUUCUCUCCUGCAGCGUGUGCAACCAGUACCCAGCAGCAUGACUUCAGAUGACCUUUCGCUGGUGACAGAUUUUCCCUGCACAAGUUAGAUGCCAAUUUGGAUGCCAGUUGAACGAGCGAAGCUGCUGGCUGUGGCGUUUGCAUUCCAAGAAGAAGAGGUAUCCACUGCGCUUGAUUGGAUGAGUUCGUUUCUCUUGCCACAAGCCUUCAAUUGACAGCACCUCGUGGAGUCUCGAAGAGCCGGAAAGCAGUUUGAAGGCUUGUCUGCCUUGCUGGCCUGCAGCCAAAGGAAGUUGCAUCAUACUGCAUCCCCCUGUGAAUUGAAGACAGACCCACGGAGUGAUGGAAUUGAAAAGACAAAGGUUGCUGUAGGCCUUGCUCUGAAGCAAAGCGGUCUCUUAGACACAGAUGGCCCAAUCUUAUUGACUUAGGUGAUUCCAGCAGUGGUUCUGUUCAUGAUCGUCCCAGCCGUGAAUGUUCUCUGGGACUUUACAAGCCAGUUCCAGUACAGCGCUCUUAUGCCCUUGAUGCUUUGGGGCUCAAGUGGUCCGAUGUUGGAAGCAACUCUCGUGUCUUCCUGCUGUGUCUUUUUGCAUCACUAGCUUUAGGCAGUAUAGAGAUCCAGGAUGAUCCACAAUUUCAGCAAGACAUGGUUGCUUUCUUGGUCUCAAUGGUCUUAUUUUGUUUUGUUUCAAGAGUCGUCUUCGCUUUUGGCUGAAGAGCUUCGUCUGGAACGACAGGUUCCCUCCGAACUGAAGCCUCGAACCAUGUACGCUUCAGAUGGCUUGUAGUCAUGAACCCGAUUGUGUGUGGCGAAUGACAGGAAAUCACAUAUAGUAGCGGGGCAACAAUAUGCAGUCCUUGAAUGUCCUUGACAGGCUCAUCGAAUUCAGAAGCUUUCACCGACCGUCCAGCCAGGUGCGCAAAAUUGGAAGGACCGAAAGAAUUGCUGGAUGCAAUCUCUCUCGAGACACCUCGCAAGAUGUGCCUACAGACCUCUUUGUGGCGUGGGGGAGACAGGCUGAGAUGAGGUACCCCCUUUCGGAGAUGGAAAUUGUGAAGUAUUUUGACAGCAAGUGUAAGGAGAUACUUCUGCAGCUUGAGAGUAAUGAAACUCCAUCAGGAGCUUGCGACCCUGCCAUGGAUGGUGCUGAGCCGGAAGAAAAAGUUACAGGUGCGACAGACGUCUCUGGCCCCAAGAGACAUGAAAACGAACAUGCAGGAGCAUUCCGAAUGCUUUUACCGUCCCGUCUCAACGUGGACAUCUCCACGGAAGUGUUGGAGAUUUUGCAGUCGGCCCAUCGACUUCACCGGACCGAUGCUCCCAUGAAGGUGGCCCUGCGAAGCGGUUGGUUGGAUCCUAGGAAGUUGCCAUCCACGGUACUGUGCCAAAAGGAUCUGGAUGAAAUGGCCAGGAGGCUGUGCUGGAAGAACGUACCUGGACUGGUGCACAUCCCUGGAUCGCCACACCGGGCCCACUUCGGACAAUCGGCGUCCCGACUUUGCAGCGUCACGGUGCAUGUGGGGCGCUAUUUGGAGGGCCUGUGGGACAAAGCCCAAGAUCUGGAUGGUUCCACCGUGUUUGUGGGUCCAGCCGGCUGCGGCAAAACCACAAUUCUCCGAGAUGCGGCCGUAAACAUGUCCAAGGAGCUGCAGGUCCAGGUGGUGGACCUUUUGGGUGAUUUCUCUGACCUCGUGGGAAAUGCCGACCUGGGCUGCCUGACGGGUACAAUGGGUACAGGUGGCGUGGAGAGGAUCCGACAAACCAUUGAUGAACAUGUCCCAGAGGUCAUCAUCGCAGAAUUUCGCGACAAGUAUUCCGCUCUCAAAGCUGGGUUCAUUUGCCGUGAAGCCGGUGUUCGCUUGGUGUGUUCUGUGCGGACCAACCUGCAAUCCUUAGUGGACUCCUUUGUUCAUGUUUACAGUGGCCGACCGGAAGCGCGGGAUGUCGCAUGCUUGACCUUCCCCUUUGCAUCGGUGGUCCUGCUUUCAAGGCAAAGUGAAGACUGGGAGAUUUACCGUGAUGCCCCUGCCGUCAUUUGCAGCAGGGGGCGAAGUCGUUUUCCCAGAUGUGAAUUGCAUCACAGUUCCGACAGUGCUGAAAGUGCGGGAUGUUCUGUGGCUGAGUUCGAAGAAAACCAAGAAACAGGGAGCGCAUGUGUUGCGGCAGAAAAUCAUGUCAGCGACCUCCCAGCUGACAAAGCGAAUGAUGUGCUUGUUUGACAGCAGAAUCAGCGGUGCAUGGUGUGCCCAGCAAAUCUCUGCAAACAGAAGGCGAAGUGCCCGCAGAUGGUGAUGUUGGUGCAUACCUUGCCUGAGCAAAA